CUGAAAACUGUUCAAUAUUCUCACAUAUUCUCCUUGCAUUUGUUUUUUACGAGCUCUGUGCUUACUUUUUGUGAUCGAUUCGACGAUAUGGUUGGAAAAAGUGAAGGACCUGCAAUCGGUAUCGAUCUAGGUACGACGUAUUCGUGCGUCGGAGUAUGGCAACACGACCGCGUCGAGAUUAUCGCAAACGAUCAGGGUAACAGGACAACACCGUCUUAUGUGGCUUUCACCGAUACCGAACGUCUUAUCGGUGAUGCUGCUAAAAAUCAAGUGGCAAUGAAUCCCAUCAAUACGGUUUUUGAUGCAAAACGAUUAAUUGGCCGAAGGUUUACCGACUCUUCUGUCCAAAGUGACAUAAAGCUAUGGCCAUUCAAGGUCAUUCCUGGCCCUGCCGAGAAACCACUGAUUGUGGUGACAUACAAAGGAGAAGAGAAGCAAUUCGCAGCAGAAGAGAUCUCUUCAAUGGUUCUGAUAAAAAUGAGGGAGAUCGCAGAGGCAUACCUUGGCACAUCUGUGAAUAAUGCUGUCGUCACUGUCCCUGCUUACUUCAAUGACUCUCAACGUCAAGCCACGAAGGACGCCGGUGCAAUUGCUGGCUUGAAUGUAAUGCGUAUAAUCAACGAGCCCACGGCUGCUGCUAUCGCAUAUGGUCUUGAUAAAAAGGCAUCCUCCUCGGGGGAGAAAAACGUUCUUAUCUUCGACCUUGGUGGUGGUACUUUCGAUGUCUCACUUCUCACCAUUGAAGAAGGUAUCUUCGAAGUGAAAGCAACAGCUGGUGAUACGCAUUUAGGGGGUGAAGAUUUCGACAACAGGUUAGUGAACCAUUUCGUACAGGAAUUCAAGAGAAAGAACAAGAAAGACAUUACUGGAAACCCUAGAGCUUUACGAAGAUUGAGAACCGCAUGCGAGAGAGCAAAAAGGACGCUUUCUUCUACUGCUCAGACAACAAUCGAGAUUGAUUCCUUGUUUGAAGGUAUCGAUUUUUACUCAACUAUCACCCGUGCGAGAUUUGAAGAGCUCAACAUGGAUCUCUUCAGAAAAUGUAUGGAGCCAGUGGAGAAAUGUUUGAGAGAUGCCAAAAUGGACAAAAGCUCUGUAGAUGAAGUCGUUCUUGUAGGUGGAUCAACCAGAAUCCCAAAAGUGCAACAACUAUUACAAGACUUUUUCAAUGGAAAGGAGCUUUGCAAGAGCAUCAACCCUGAUGAAGCUGUUGCAUAUGGUGCUGCUGUUCAAGCUGCUAUAUUGACAGGUGAAGGUAACCAGAAGGUGCAGGACUUGUUGCUAUUGGAUGUCACUCCUUUGUCUCUUGGUUUGGAAACUGCUGGUGGAGUCAUGACUGUGUUGAUUCCAAGAAACACUACAAUUCCAACUAAAAAAGAGCAGAUAUUCUCGACGUAUUCUGACAAUCAACCUGGUGUUUUGAUUCAAGUAUUCGAAGGGGAAAGGGCAAGAACGAGGGAUAACAAUUUGUUGGGGAAGUUUGAGUUGUCUGGGAUUCCACCUGCGCCUAGGGGUGUCCCUCAGAUUAAUGUGUGUUUUGAUAUUGAUGCGAAUGGGAUUUUGAAUGUUUCAGCUGAGGAUAAAGUUGGUGGACAGAAGAAUAAGAUUACAAUAACGAAUGAUAAGGGGAGGUUGUCGAAGGAGGAUAUUGAGAAGAUGGUGCAGGAGGCUGAGAGGUAUAAGGCGGAAGAUGAGGAGCAUAAGAAGAAAGUGGAGGCCAAGAAUGCGCUUGAGAAUUAUGCUUAUAAUAUGAGGAAUACGAUGAAGGAUGAACAAAUUCGGGGGAAGAUUCCGGCGGAUGAGAAGAAGAAGGUGGAGGAUGCGGUUGAGCAGGCGGUGCAGUGGUUGGAUUCGAAUCAGCUUGCUGAGGUGGAGGAAUUGGAGGAUAAGUUGAAGGAGUUGGAGGGUGUUUGUAAUCCGAUAAUUGCUAAGAUGUAUCAAGGUGGUGGUGGUGGUGGUGGUGGUGUUCCUGAUAUGGGUGGAAUGGGUGCUGAUGCUGGAAGUGGAAGUGGUGCAGGUCCCAAGAUUGAAGAAGUUGAUUAAGAAUUGAUCUUGUUUUUUAGUUUCCUUUUGGUCAUACUUGAUGUAAAAGACAAUGUUUCUCUAUUAACUGUGGGUUUUUUUUUUUUUUUU